UUCACCGAAACCCGGCGUUUAACGGACAACAGGCCGCACACACCGCCGGUACAUCACCGGGACAGAGACUACAGCUGUUUACCGGAAUAAAGUCCCGAUUUGAUCCGUGUUUGUCUCACUUUAAACCGCUUUAACGGUCCGUGAUGGACCAGUGCUAACGGUUAGCCUGUGCUAACGUCAGUUAGACUAACGGUCAGUUUCUAUCGUUAGUUCACGUUAGUCGUUCACUCUGUCAUUAUGGUUACAUGGAUUCCCAGCAGGUUAGAGUGUCAGAGCAGCAGAGAUGAGCAGCAGGAGCCGCAGGUCCUGCACUAAGAGGCGCUCCUGUCUGGGACGUAAAGGACUGGAGGGACGAUUCUCCAGAGGGAGUCUACAGAAGCCUGGAUGGACAAAAGACGAGGAUGAGAGGCUGCAGAGACUGGUGAAGGAGUUUGGAUCAAACAGCUGGUCUUCAGUUUCCCUUCAUUUCAAAGGUCAAAGGUCAGAUGUGGACUGUCAGCGGAGGUGGCAGCAGAUAAAGAAUCCAGAGCUGGUGAAAGGUCCCUGGACUCAGGAGGAGGAUGAGAGGGUGAUCGAGCUGGUCCAGAAGUACGGCGUGAAGCACUGGUCGCUCAUCGCCAAACACCUGCACAGUCGCAAUGGGAAGCAGUGCCGCGAGCGCUGGCACAACCACCUGAACCCGACAGUGAAAAAGAGCAGCUGGACUCUGGAGGAGGACCGCAUCAUCUGUCAGGCCCACAGGCUGCUGGGAAACCGCUGGGCCAACAUCUCCAAGCUGCUGCCCGGCAGGACUGAUAACUCCAUCAAAAACCACUGGAACUCCACCCUGAAGAGGAAGGUGGAGAAGCAGGGAUACCUGCAGGUCCUGCACCUGCACAACUCCUCCAUCACCUCCUCCACCUUCAACUCCUCCUCCAACUCCUCCAGCUCCUCCUCCUCCUCCAGACCUGCAUCCAGGUCCUGCGCCCCCCCCAGCUCAGCCAACCUUCCCACCAAGGGUCACAGUCUGUCCACUGUGAAGGACGAGUCCAGCUGCACCUCCAGUGAACAGAGCGCGCGCAGACACCAUCGUAGCCACGGCUACCUGUGCCCCGCCUGCGUCCCUGCCUCCUCCUCAGGUUACGACUCCUCUCUGAGCAUGUGCGAGCUGACAGCACCUGUGGAGCUGAUGGAGGCGACCUCAGACACCUGGAGCCACAGCCCAAAGGAAGUGACAUCAUCACUUCCCACCUGUCAGUACAGAGAGGACGUCGACCCUUCGGUCAUCGACCUGAGCCACAGCUACGUUGCAGGUGUGAAGGAGCAGCUGAUCAACAGUGAGGACGGAGCCUCUUCCUGCAGCAGAGCCAGUCUGGUUGGAGCUCUGAGCCUCUCUCCCUCUGAGCUCUUCAGUCUCUGUGGUGUCGAGGAUCUGAAGCUGCAGGGUCCGGCUCUCACCUCCACCCCGGUCUGCUCCCUCAAACACUCCACCAACACCCAGGACGACUCCUGUCUGCACUGCACCUACACCUUCAACACCCAGACCCCGACAGAGAUCAGAGAGAGGAUCAGAGCUCUGUGGACGUCUGCUCCUCAAACACCAACACCACUGAAGACCAGCCACACCUGUCAGGACCAGGUCUCGGUGAGUUCGAGCAGGAUGAUGAAUGUGACGUGGGAGGACAGGAGCGUGGAUCCUGACAGUCAACAGUCCAGCAGCAGCUCCGAGGUCCAGGGGGAGAGUCUGCUGAGCUCCAUCCUGCAGGUCCAGGCAGAGUCUGGCUCAGUCCAGCAGCAGGUUCAGGAGGAGUCCAGCUCGGCCUCAGAGGUCCACAGAGAGUCCAGCUCGGUCCCGGGCUGUGAGGAGUUUGGCUGUUUCCCUCUGGACGGACAGGUGGAGGUGUGGUGGUGUCAGCAGCCCCUCGGUUACCUGCACUCUCCUGAGUGUCCCGCCUACAGACUCAACCCCUUCGAGCUGAGCGGCGAGCUGCAGGUGGUGAUGUUUGGGAAAACAGACGAUCAGCUGAGUCUGACCGAGCAGGCCCGACUCUACGUGGAGCCCUGAUGGUCACAGUGGUCUCUGAUUGACCCGGGUCUGGACCUGGACUCUGAGGUAGAAUCAUGAGUGAGGAGUUCUCUGCAGCGUCUCAUCAGUCUGUCUCAGCUGGUGUUUUAUUGAUUUCUUUGGCAGUUAACACAAACACUUUUUAAUGAUCUGACUUCAUCAGAUUUUUAUUCAAACCAUUUUAAAAACAGGAAAAUCUUUUAGAACUUCACUGAAGAUUCACUCGAUAUUUUUAGAUUUUAACUCUUGUUGCUGAAUUUUCUCUUUAAACUCUAAACUCCUUUUGUUUUUGACACAGAGACACUUUAUAUUUAAACUUCCAUCUGCACUUUGGAUCCUUUA